GUGCUAUUGGAUGGCAGCUCUGGGUAUUGUCCCUGCGAACUCCCUUGGCCACAAGAUCCUAAAGAUGGCGAGCAUACUGACUCUCCUCAGACUCCCCGUGGCUAGAUUCCAUGUCCUCUUUUUCCUACGCGCAGGAUGAAGGAGCGCAGUCUGCGCAUGAUCCGAACCCGCCAACCGUCGCAGCGUUCUCUCCGACGACCAUCUCCGGCUCUUCGAUCACGUCCAGGCAGCGCUCCAGCAUAAUCGUCCAUCGCAAGUCUCCUUUACUCGUCGCAACUCCUCCUCCAGUCACGCGAGCGCUAGCAUAUUCCCAUCCUUUCAUCCUACCCUUGAAUAAGUUGGUUGGCCUGCUGUCAUGGAGCACCGGAGAUCCGUGGGAGAGCUUCCUACUGGUGGCCGGGUUCUGGGCCCUUGUUCUCUAUGGGGAUGCGAUCAUCUUAUGGGCAGGUCCGAUCAUAGUGGUGAUAGGAUUGAUGCUGGGCCUGUACUCGAGACGAUACUCGCCUCUGUCAUCGACAGGGCUCACGGGCGAGAAGCAUAGUCAUAAAAGGGCGACGUCGGAAGUGUCGACUCGCCAUCACAAGAGCUUGGAUGAGAUUGUGGAGACGAUGAGAACAUUCACUACCAGGUGCAAUAUCUUGCUCGAACCCCUACUGGAGUGGACGGACUUUUUAUCAACGCAACGGACUCCUACCUCGGCGACGACCCGGCCGGCCCUGACGGCCUUAUUCCUGAGGAUUCUCUGCGUCACCCCGAUAUGGAUCUUGCUGACGCUCCCUCCUUUCUAUAUUAUUACAACUCGACGGGUCAUUAUGAUCUUCGGAACUAUUAUUCUUACCUAUCACUCGCGACCAGCAAGGGUGUCUCGGGUUAUCUUGUGGAGGUCUUUGAUGGUCCGUCGCAUUUGCUCCAUUAUCACGGGACUGCCCUUUUCAAUCGAUGGAAAGGCCCGGCCCAAGGGUUCUGGGUCCACACAUAGCCACGGCCGUGCUACCGACAUUGCAACAAGGCGCAGCAGUGCUUCUGGCAUCCGCUUUACCUUUAUUCUGUACGAGAACCAGCGGCGCUGGCUUGGUAUCGGAUGGACCUCCUCUCUCUUUUCGUAUGAGCGUGCACCUUGGACGGAUGAACACUUGAAUCCGACACCUCCCAAGGAUGAAUUUGAGCUACCGCAAGUCCAAGGAGGAACUGCACAAUGGAGGUGGGUGGAAGGAAGUGAGUGGAAGAUUGAAGGAGCCGACAAGGGUGAGGAUUCCAAGUCGUCUGACGGCGGUGGCUGGAUCUAUUACGACAAUAAGUGGAACGACGGGCGCCGCCAAGAUGGCUGGGGUCGAUAUACGCGUCGCCGCAAAUGGUACCGUGAUGCAGAACUGGUAGAGAUAGCACCGGAAGAAAAUGGACCAUCGUCAAGCGCAGCAGAGGCAGGCAGUUCUUCUGCAACUUUAACCAGCGGAGAUGGUGCGGGGGACGACGCUGAGACGAAGAGCAAUGCUCCAUCGAGCGCUUCUAAAGCACGAAAAAGACGUUGGUUUAGCGGUUCCAAAGGAAGCAAUAGCAAUACGAGUUCAUCUAAUUUACCGCAGAAUGACGCCCCUUCUUCCACCGCUACGGCAGAUUCCACACCCAACGCCAGUGGAAAAGCUUCUUCCCGACCGAUAUCCUUCAAGGGCUCCUUCCGCAACCCCUCUUUCAACAAUGUAGCGACCAGUUUCGGGAGCAAUAGCAGUGCAUCCGGGCGCAGUGGAGGCAGUCUACGCAGGAGUGGCAGUGGGGCAGGGACCGCAGAGUCAAAUGAUAGCGCAAGCAUCAGAAAGAGGGAAAUUGAAGAAUCCCAGAACCGUCUAGAUAGAUGGGGUGCUCGAGCCACGGCAGCGACAGAAAGAGCAGAGCGGGAAUUGGGACUCGGCGACGACGCCAACAUGGGCUUGAGCUGAUUCAAAUCGGUUGGGAAAUUCAUUGUAACGGCGUACUGUGGGUGGGUUUUGCGAUAGCAAUGGAAACAAGGACACGGUCAGGUCACCGGGUAUUGGUCUAGCCUAAUCAUUGGCAGGUUUAUCUCACUGUUCGGGAUACUGCAUCCAAUAUUAUUAUUAUUACGUGCAUUCCAGAGGUUCUCUAAUGCUUCUGAUAUUUCUAUUUCGCGUUUUUCUACACUUUUGACGCAAAGGACAAAAAGGACUUCCAUUUCUGCGUAACCUGGGAGCCAUCCAGAUAUCUCUCUCGCUAUGCAUGUAAUACUGAAGGAAGAGAGACCACUGCCUAGAGUAGAGGUACACCUAUCUAUACAACCGAGUAGAAUGGAGUCUGAAAUGACCCAGUGAAGAUGACCGAGAGAUCAAAC